AUGGCGUCUCAGAAUUCUCCUGCCUCAAACUGCAGCUGGUGGCCAAUCUCAACAACAGAAAGCGAUGGAAAAAUCAACGAAGGCGACCAAAGCAGCACCCCAGCCGCAGAACAGGCGGGAUUUUUCUCUGAUAAAAACGAAAAAGACAGCGACAGUACCGUCUUGUAUCAUUGGACUCAGUCGUUCAGCUCUCAGAAGGUCCGUCUACUAAUUGCAGAGAAAGGUGUACAAUGUGAUGAACGAGAUGUUAGUUUACCAUUAACUGAACACAAAGAACCAUGGUUUAUGCGACUGAACCUAGGUGAAGAAGUGCCAGUGCUGAUCCAUGGGGACAAUAUCAUCAGUGAUUACAACCAAAUUAUUGAUUACCUAGAGAAGACUUUUGUGGGAGGUAAAAGUGCAAGAUUCUGCCCUACAAGCUUACCCAUGGCAAAGCCACUGGCAGUGCCCCUAGAAAACUUCCCAAGGUUAAUUCCAGAAGCAGGGAGCCUUACUUAUUCCAGAAUGCUGCAUUUUAAAGACUUGCUGGACUCACUCCCCAUGGAUGCCUACACUCAUGGCUGCAUUUUACAUCCAGAAUUGACCACAGAAUCCAUGAUCCCAAAGUAUGCCACAGCUGAAAUCCGCAGACAUUUAGUAAACACUGCUGCAGAACUUAUGAAGCUUGACCAAGAACAACCCCAACUCACAGAGCCAUACCUUUCUAAACAAAAAAAACUAAUGGCUAAGAUACUGGAUCAUGAUGAUGUGAACAAUCUGAAGAAAAUUCUUAGUGAGUUAGGAAAAGUUUUAGAUCAAGUGGAAGCAGAGCUUGAACAACAGAAGCACGAAUUAGCAGGCCAAAAGUGUGAAACGUGGCUGUGCGGAUCAGUUUUUACCUUAGCUGAUAUCUCCCUUGGAGCAACGUUACAUCGCCUCAAAUUCUUGGGGCUUGCUAAAAAGUACUGGGGAAAUGCAGAUCGACCCAAUUUAAAAGCAUAUUUUGAAAGAGUGCAGAAACGUACUGCAUUUCGAAAGGUUUUAGGGGACAUACAUACCACACUGCUGUCAGCUGUUUUGCCUAAUGCAUUCCGCCUUGUGAAAAGAAAACCACCUUCUUUCUUUGGCGCCUCAUUUUUGAUGGGAACCCUAGGUGGAAUGGGAUAUUUUGCUUACUGGUAUCUCAAGAAAAAGUAUAUGUAA